GGGAAUUUGAAAAUUUCAUUGAUUUUGUUCCGGGUGGUCUUCUGCCCUACAAACCGCAUACCUUGCCCAGCUUGCCUUACCUAACAGGUGCUAAACUGUACCGAGCUUCCAGUGCUUGUUCCUGAAGGUCACCUGGCAGAACCCACUCCGUGACGUCGUUGUUUGUUCCCCCCUCCGAAGCCCCAAAGCAAAGCAAAGCCUGGUGCCCGCCGCGUCACUGCAAAAAAAGUAGCUCUGGGUGGCUCUUGUCAAUAGCUCAGCAGCUCCCCAGAGCAUCAUCAUCAUCAUCGUUCCACCCUGUUCCGCUGGCCCUCGUCACCUCAUUCACACCUUACAUACAACAAACCUGCCGCAGUUCUUCCAUUUGACUCCUUUUCCUCACCUACACUGCUACGCCACCAACCUGCGCAUCUUCACCUGCACCUAGCAUCCUUAGCUAACAUCCCUCGAUUCUUGCACCGCCUAUUUCGCGCCAUUCGAGACUUCUCCCUCCGAAUCCAACACAACCGCAAAAAUGGUGUCGCGAAUGCUCAACCUCAUCCUGCGGGGGACGCAGUUCUUGUUCAUCCUCAUCAUCAUGUCUCUCAUUGGCAAUGUGAUCGCAAUGGCCUUCGCCGGCAACCCCUCCCUGGUCAACUACGACAUGUUCGUGGCCGCCUUCGCCAUGCUUUCGCUUUUCUACCUGAUCCCAGCCGCCUGGAGCGACUCUUUUAUGGGACAUGCUCUCCUUCCCCUCCUUCUCGACGCUUUGAACUGCAUUUUCCUGUUCUGUGCUGCCGUCGCCACCGCUGCCGAACUCGGAGUUCAUUCUUGCAGUAACGACUCAUACACAUCGAGCAACCAUCUUACCAACGGCGCCAACGACCGUGCUGGCCGAUGCCGGGAACUUCAAGCCGCAACCGCUUUCUUGUGGUUUGCCUGGGCCGCUUGGAUGGCUUCCUUGGUCUUCUCGCUUCUAGAUUCCCGCAGCAGCGGUGUCAACCUCAGAGGUUUCCGCGGAGGAAGAGGUGGGCCUGCCAUGUCUCAGGUGUAAUAUUAGUGAGCAGAGAGAAGCUGGAAAAAAGGGUAAACACACACUUUUCUUCUGAGGACCAUCUGCGUCACGUAUGCUCCUAGACAAACACCAUAGCAAAAGCAACGGCUGACGAUAUCUCAGUAUGAUCCUCUUGCGAUAACAAACACACCCGCCAUUCGAAACGAACUGGAUUCCAAACCAAGAAUUGGACAUCAAAAUACCCGGCGCCUCGGACUGCUUUCACUCUCGGUCCUGCUGCACUAGCCGGUAUUCUGAGAUUUGGGCUUAUGCUAUCUUGGUCAUGGAGUUAACUCGCACAAAAAACAAUAAUAUUCACAAACGUAAAAAAAGAACAAAUCGAACAGGAAUGUGUGUGCUAUGUGGUCAAUGCAGCAACUUCACGGUUGGCAGUUUUAAUGUGUAUGAUUAUGAUGCUUGGGUGGAAUUUUGGUGUGCUGCAUGAAGUGUCAUAGUGCGCUCAACUUUGUAGGCAACACCUGGGUAGAUGCUCAGGAAUAAUGAGAAAAAUCGAUGCAGUUUCGUUGCCUAAGCAAUUUCCUCUUUUGUAUUCGGGCAG